AUGAUAAAAAUACAUUAAAGUCCCUUGCUUAUGCUUAGAAAAAUAUAAAAAAAUUUGUAGAAUUUAGGUGUUAUAUACAAGUAUAAAUAAUGUUUUUCUGAUACCUAAAAGAUAAUUAGCUUUGAAUCAGAUUAAUGGAACUCAAUUCACGUUAAUAUCAAAUAGAUUCCAUAAGAAAAGCAAUUAUUUAGUAAAAUUUUAAAAAAUUCAGAAUAGCAAUGGCUAAGCGAUUAAAAAAAAGCAGUUUGGCUAAAAAUUAAUGUUGACCAAUUAGAAGUAUUAUAAGAAUCUAUAAAUUUAGGAUAUAAAAUUCAUCACGCAACAAGUGAGUAUAUAUUAUUAAGUAAAUGGCUUUUAGAAGGACAAAAAAAUAAACUACCAGGAUAUGCUAGUCAUUAUGUAGGAUGUGGAGGUGCUGUUAUUAACUCUAAAAAUGAAGUAUUAAUGGUUUAGGAGAAAUAUGGAUAUAAUACUGGUAUAUGGAGCUUUCCUGGUGGGAGAGCUGAUCCUAACGAAGAGAUAAACUAAACUGCAGAAAGAGAAGUAUAUGAAGAACUUGGUAUAAAAGUAGAAGCUGUUGAUUUGUUACUAGUAAGAGAAAGUACAUAAUCUAUAUUUAACAAACCUGAUCUAUACUUUGCUUUUUUAAUGAGACCUGUUGAAUAAAAUCCUGAAAUAAAGUUAGAUAAAGAAGAGCUAAAUAAUUAUACUUGGAUACCUUUAUCCAAAAUCGACGAAUUCAUAGCAAAAGAGCGUGUCUCUACUUACUAUGUUUAAAAAACAAUUUUAGAUAAAGUAAAUUAACUUUACAAAUAAGGAUUUGACUUUUAAAAUGAUAGGUUGUCAAUAAAAAACAGCUAUUAAAAUUAUCCAAGAAAUGGAACAAAUUAUAUUAUGUACUAGUUGAAAAAUCCUAAAAAUUGA